CUCCCUCCAUUCUACACGUAGAGCCCGCAGCAGCAACAUCGGGGGAGGAGGGAGGAAGGAGGCGCUGCUAUCUCCCCCCCCUGCUAUGCACAGCCCAGCUCACACACAAUAGCAGAGCUCCCUGCAAGCCCUGGCUGUCCGAGGCUCUGCCCUCACUGGGGUACAUGGAUGGAAGCUGUGCCCCCUCCAGCCUAGAGACACACCUGGAAGUGGAGCCCCGGUAACCUGGAACUGCUUGUUCUCCUAUGUGGAUUAGACUGGUUUGCAUGCAGGGCCACUGAUAGACCGUUUAACCCUUUGCAUGGAUCUAGAGUCCCUGUCUUGGAUAUGAAUUGAUUGCUGUUGGGUUACUGAUGCCCAGAGGAGCUGCUGGUAGCCUGCCCCCUUGCUUAUCCCAUGCCACUAGACCCCGGCUGCCUGAAUGGCAGGAUCAUGAAGUGUUUGACUUUCUUUCUUCUGCUUCCAGAGACCUUAAAGAAGUCUAAAAAGAGCGCCCGGGCCCCCAGCAAGGUGCAAGCAUGCUAUGAGAUAGUGCCUCUGGCUCUCAGGAAGAAGAUGGCUGCAGAGCUUUACCCUGCUAGUGCCAACACCAAUAUCGCCCACAGCAACACUGCCAACGCCAAGAAAAACGCUAUCCAACUGCAGCAGACUGCACCCCCACCACCCCAAAUCCAGAAUCUCAAUAACAACAACAUAGAGAGCAGCAGCUGGCAAUCCUUCCAUCCCACGCUGCGGGAGAGGAAUGCUCUGAUGUUCAACAACGAAUUAAUGGCAGACGUUCAUUUUAUUGUUGGCCCUGCAGGGGCUUCAAAGAAAGUCCCAGCUCACAAGUAUAUCUUGGCAGUGGGCAGCUCUGUAUUCUAUGCUAUGUUUUAUGGAGAUCUUGCAGAAGUAAAAUCUGAAAUUAAUAUCCCAGAUGUGGAACCUGCAGCUUUCCUGAUCCUUUUAAAGUACUUGUACAGUGAUGAAAUAGACCUAGAAGCAGAUACUGUGCUUGCAACGUUGUACGCUGCCAAGAAGUAUAUUGUCCCUGCCUUGGCCAAGGCCUGUGUCAAUUUCCUGGAGACAAGUUUGGAAGCAAAGAAUGCCUGCGUUCUGCUUUCGCAGAGCCGUCUUUUUGAAGAGCCUGACCUUACUUUGCGUUGCUGGGAGGUCAUAGACGCCCAGGCUGAACUUGCACUCAAAUCGGAAGGCUUUUGUGAAAUAGAUCUGCAGACGCUGGAGAUUAUUGUAACUCGAGAAACACUGAACACAAAAGAAGAUGUUGUUUUUGAGGCUGUAUUGAACUGGGCAGAUGCCGAGUGCAAAAGACAGGGUUUGCCGGUCACUCCUGGAAAUAAAAGGAAUGUUCUGGGAAAAGCCUUAUACUUGGUUCGAAUUCCAACGAUGACUCUGGAGGAAUUUGCCAACGGGGCUGCCCAAUCGGACAUCUUAACUUUGGAGGAGACACGCAGCAUAUUCCUGUGGUACACAGCUGCUAACAAACCUCAGCUAGAAUUCCCCCUUAUAAAGAGGAAAGGACUUGCCCCUCAGAGGUGUCACAGGUUUCAGUCAUCUGCCUACCGUAGCAAUCAGUGGAGGUACCGAGGCCGGUGUGACAGUAUCCAGUUUGCCGUGGACAAAAGGAUAUUUAUAGCCGGUCUGGGGCUUUACGGCUCGAGUUGCGGUAAAGCAGAAUACAGUGUAAAGAUAGAACUGAAGAGGCAGGGGGUAGUACUUGCCCAAAACCUGACUAAGUUUGUUUCGGAUGGCUCCAGUAAUACCUUCUCAGUUUGGUUUGAGCACCCUGUGCAAGUCGAACAGGACACUUUUUACAAUGUAAGCGCCGUCCUUGAUGGUAACGAACUGAGUUAUUUUGGGCAGGAGGGAAUGACCGAAGUACAAUGUGGAAAAGUUACCUUUCAGUUCCAAUGCUCAUCUGACAGUACUAAUGGGACUGGGGUACAAGGAGGACAAAUUCCCGAACUCAUCUUUUACGCAUGAAGCAUUUCACAUCAAAUUCACUACUGCUAAGCACACUGACACCCCUCUAUUUUUUUUCCCCCAGAGGGUCUCAAACACAAUAGGUUAACCUAUUCCCUGCUUGUUGGGCCUGAGAAGCACUGAAAAGGGGGGGAAGGGAUCAUUUGUUUGUUUGUUUUUUAAAACUGUAUGGUAUGGAAUGUAAACAAACUGACUGUCAAAACGCCAACGGAAGGAAUGCUUUUAGAGAUUAAUCUUAUUUUAUUUAUUUAUAAGCUAUUUGAAUUAAUUAUUAAAACUGCACCAUGCAGGGAGAUGUUUAUGAAAUCUGCACAUAAUGUGCAUUUAUUUUGUAUAUAGAUAACUUACUUGCAAAAAGGUUUUAAAAAAAAAUGCAGCUUGCUCAGAGUAGAGCAGCAAAUAAAACUAUGUGAUACAUAAACAUUUUUACUUAUACCCUA